AUGACCGGUCGAAAGGCAGCGAAAACAACUGCAGCAGCACCAACUAAAACAACGACCACAGGAACAACAGCUGGCCGAGUGAUUAAGAAAGACAAAAGCAAAAAUGUUAUGCGAGAUUUACGUAUCAGAAAAUUGUGCUUGAACAUUUGCGUCGGAGAAUCUGGUGAUCGUUUGACACGUGCCUCCAAAGUACUUGAACAGUUAACUGGUCAAACACCAGUCUUUUCUAAAGCGCGUUACACCGUUCGUUCGUUCGGUAUUCGUCGUAAUGAAAAAAUCGGCGUUUUCUGUACUGUUCGUGGCGAAAAAGCCAAAGAAAUCCUCGAGAAAGGUCUCAAAGUGAAAGAAUACGAAUUACACAAAGGCAACUUCAGCGCAAUGGGAAAUUUUGGCUUCGGUAUUCAAGAACACAUCGAUUUAGGUAUUAAAUACGAUCCAUCUAUCGGUAUCUACGGUAUGGACUUUUACGUUGUUCUCGGUCGUGCCGGUUUCGAUAUUGGUAAACGAAAACACAAGAAAGCCCGCAUGGGAGCUUCACAUAAGAUAUCCAAAGAUGAAGCAAUCAAAUGGUUUCAACAAACCUACGAAGGUGUUAUCCUUCCAGGUGGCAAACCGAAGAAGUCCAGUGGCGGUCAUCACAAGCGUGGCAAAAAGAAAUAA